CCUCACUCUCGUAAGAGCCGCACAUAUGAUAUACUAAUCUGUAUCUACAAUUGUCGACACUUUUAUCGUGCCUCACCAGCCCUAGCAGGGUUUACGACGUGCAAGCUUCCUCUCCCCUCCUUGUUGGAACAUGCGCAUCUGCUUCCUCUCUCGAGCAAAGAGUUGGCGUGGGAUGAAAAGAGGACAGACACCUUGAUCCUAUUGAGAAGCACGACCUUACUUUGAUAUCGCUCCCGGUCUCCGACAUGUCUUUCUUCGGCUUCGAUACCUCUUUGCCAAGGGACAAGCCUGGAGGAGGAAGCAAGGGAAUCUUUGAGCACAGCAACCCUUUCAAUGAGGUAGCCAAAGCUCGCAAGUUACAAGCCUUCCAAGACAAUGAACAGGAAAUCCUCGACUUCGAAGAUACCUACGAUGGCCUCGGUGACCGACUCCAAGAGACUGGUGACGAUUUCAACGACGACACUUUUGGUGGAGGCGCUGAAGGUGGAAAUGAUCGCGGCGCUGUCGGAAGAGACUUCGAUUUCUUUGGUAAUACCGCUCAAGUCGCUGAUGCUAUCGAGCAAGAACAAGUCCGCUAUGGCCUACAGCAUCAUGCCGCGCACAUGAGUGCCCCAAUGCAAGCUCCAAAACCCAAGAGGACUGGAUACGAGAAAUAUCAAGAUCCUGGCUUCAUCCCAGAUAUUCAGGCCAAAUCGGGUGCAUGGGGUUCCAAGGCACAGGCAGAUUCCGAAGCUGCUCAGGCCCGGAUCAGCACUGCACGACCCACAGCUCAAGCGCCAGCACCCGUCGUCGAACCUCCGAGGAUGAUGAGUCUGGAAGAGGUCGAAGCCGCACUACUUGCCCAACAACAGCAGCAGCAGCAGCAGCAAGAACAAUAUCAUCAUCAUCAGCCGUUUUCCCAGCCUCCGCCUUAUCCUUUCCCAAUGCAACAAAUGCAGCCACCUCCGCAGCCGUUUCCACAGAUGCCACCACCAGGCACUGUCCAGCAACAACCACCUCCGCCUCCUGCGAGCCCGCAGCGACGUCACAACCGCAUGCCUUCACAACCCCAACCGCGUCCUCAACAGCCACUCCAAAUACUUCAGAACCCUAACCGGGCUCGUCACUCGCCACAACCAAGUCUGGAAAGAGUGCCGCCCACAGGGCCUGGUAGCAUGCCGGUCAUAACCAAUCCUCAGCAGUUGAUGGAGCUUUCGAAAGAGCAAAGACGCGUUUAUUUGGAAGAAGACGCCAAAAGAGCAAAACGAAACCACAAGAUCUUUUUGUUGUCCAAGGGAAAUGGACUGAUGACACCGCAAGAUAAGAAUUUCAUAACUCGUAUUCAACUGCAACAACUUGUGGCAGCGACGGGGAGUUCGGCAGAUCCAGAUCCAGAGGCGACGCUCAACGAGGAUUUCUACUACCAGGUGUACAGUCAAAUUCGCGGGGCUCCCAGACAACAUCCCACUCAGCCACUGGGUCAUUUCGCGCAGACCUAUCUUUUCCAGACUGGUAAUCGUGUGGGCGGCAGAAGGCAACAGGUCAAUGGCGACAAUCAUAUGCAGAGAAUGCAGCUACAAGUCCAACGUGCUGUCGAAGCUGCUAAGCUGAAACCCAAGAACAAGCAAUUGAUCAUUGAGGGCAGUUUAGGCAAGAUCUCGUUCAGCAAUGCAAAGACACCGAAGCCGCUGCUCAAUAUCAAGCGGCAAGAAAGUACAGAUGCACGUCCCGCAAGCGCGCGAAAGGGUGCACCAAGUGACCGCAAGACAAUACUUAGGAACAUUGAAGCAGUCUAUUCCACCUUGAUGCGCCUUGAAGACAACGAACGACAAAUGCCUCCGCCUCCGACAGAGGGUGAUGCGGACUCUAUCCAGGCUCAUCUGGAAUGGCGACAGACGAUGCAGGAGCUCAACGCCAAAUUGUGGCAGGACCUGAAGAUCCUGGAACCAAUAGUUCCCGGUUCCUCGGUAACGCAUCCUUUUAUUGCGUUCCUAUCUUUCGCCAAAAGCAAGAAAGCCAUUCCUCGAAUUUUCCACCAGAUCGACCAGGAGCAACGAGUGACCAUCUUGACCAUGAUCAUUGUCCAUCUAGAUCAAUUGGACGUGAUUCGAGAUGCUCGUCUUGCUCCCGGCGACUCUCAACCUCCGCUGCACGUGCGAGAAGAGAUCGAGCUGUUCUCACAAGCUGUCAUGCCCUGUUUGAUGGGCUAUGUCAGCGAGGCGCCGGUCAAUAUCGUGAUUGGCCUGCUUGGACUGUUGCUUGAUCACACGAAUGUCAUACAGGUCGUCCACACCAAGAUUGGUUUGGCGAUGAUGACGAUGCUUCUGACUCGUGCGGAAAUUGUCAAGGAGUCUGGGGUUGUCACUGACCAGGAAUGGCAGCAAUGGACGGCAUUGUACAAUCGACUCUUUGACAUAUUGGAGCCUGUCUUGGGCUCGAUCUUCCCUGCGGCCGUCAACGCCGGUGAUGAUAUGUAUGUGUGGCAAUUCCUCGCCGCCGUGGGUAUUGGUGCCAGUCCUGAACAGCAGCAACGACUGGUCAUUGGAGUGAAAGACCGCGUCAUGGAGACGGUUCAACAGAGCAAGGCUUUGCCUCCGGACAUGUCGAGUGUAAGACUUGGUAACGUCAACCUCUUCAUGAGGGCGAUUGGUCUUGACGUGGAAAUGCUGGGUUGAUAUUUUUGGACAUGUCAGAUGAGAAGAGAUGAAAUGAGAUGGAGAUGCACGAGGAUGCAGUUGAGGGUUGGUCCCGGACCAAGACCUGGACUUGAGUCUAAGUCAAUCCAGCCAUGAAAUAUGUACACUUGGUACUCGCAGAGAAUUGAUAUAAAAGUUCACGUCAAA